AUGUGGAAGCAAAACCUCUUUUCCCUGGUUCUAGCAACCUUGGCCAGCGUAUCCUGGGCAGCGCCCGGCGACGUCUGCCGCUCAUCACUCGGCAGCGGCACCUGCAAAUCUACAGGCAGCUGUCCAACAGGCUUCACCGUCCGCGGCGCCUGCCCGAACGACCCGGCCGACAUCCGCUGCUGCAUCCAAACCGCCUGCAAAACCAACACAGGCACCUGCCUCGACAAAUCCAUCACGCCCUGCAGAGGCGGCCGCUUCGAAGCCGGCCACUGCCCCGGCUCGACCAACAUCCAAUGCUGCAUCCGCGAUACGGCUCCAACCCCCACUCCCACGCCCAAGUGCCCGACCUCCUGGGUGAUCGGCGUGCGCGGCUCCGGCGAGUCCCUCACCGGCGCGAACGAGAUCGAAAAGAUGCGCGCGACCGUCUCGGCCUAUGUCCGUGAGGCAGCUGCUGCCUUGCCCACAGAUACGGAGUACCUGUCGCUGCGGUACGCUGCUGCGCCGGUUGGGCCGGACCAUCUUACCUCGCAGCAGGCGGGCGCGGAGCUGCUGCGGACUGUUAUUCGCGCGUGCGUGAGCGCGUGCCCGAAUAUACGGAUUGGAGUCAUGGGAUACUCCCAGGGCGCCCACGUCGUCAAUGAUGCGCUGAGCUACCUAAGUCGCAACACGCCCUCGGCCCUUGAGAGGGUGCGCGCGGGGUAUUACAGAUUGCGGACCCCUGGGCCGAUUCUUCGAAGUCUUAUCAUUUGGGUAUUACGCUGA